ACGGAAAAGUACUGAGAGGCAGGGAAAUGGGGAGGAGGUGGGGAGAGUAGUAGCUGCAGAGUUAGUGCCAGAAUGCACUUCAGCACCUGGGUGAAGACGAGCUCCCUAACCAUUAGUCAUGUUACAAUCAGCUGCUCGCUUUUUUUUGUUUUGUUUUUUUGCAUUAAAUGAGACAGCGGCCUUGGAUACCUUGAGAUGAGAUGUCAGUGUGUUUACAUGUCAACAAUUGUGGCACAGCCGUUUGCUCACACGGAAAGUCCGUGAGCACACACAGUCCUCCCCCACCAUCACCAGAGGUCGAAUCUGUCGCUCACUUCAGGUUCUUUAUAUUAACGUGCUUCGAGUGAGUGAGAUGAGUGAAGACCAGCUUGAAGUGAGUGGGCAAUCUAGUUCCUGAAUCUCCAGCGCUUACUCUGUGCUUCCUGUUCAACGCUCCAGUGUUGGCAGUAUUUUAACCCUUUUUAAAAUGGUUUGGAUAUAUAGGGUUUCUUUUUUGUUCCCUGUGAAAACUUUGUGCUUUGACCAAUUUUAGAUUUCAAACUCAUGCGGUGUUGCUUAGUAACACAAUUGAAAGGUGUCACAGGAAGACAGGCCCUGACAGUGCUGGGGAAUUGAUUGGUGAACAGUUUGGAAGAGAAAGCAAUUGUAUCACUAGUUUGUGUGCUGGGGGCUCCAGACAGUGUCCUAAGUGAGACCAGUCAAAAUCCUGUGAGGUGAAAAUACCUUUUAAGGAAUGGUCUCUCAGUUGAGUGACACAACUUUUACCCUUGAGCAAAACUUUUUGUUUCAAUUUUAAGUUGAACAUAUGUUUUGUACGUUAAGGAGCCUUGCUGUAGAUGAAUUUCUGCGCAUUUCAACACUGCAUUUGGGAACGAUUCAGGGAAUGUGUCUCAGAGUAAAACCUUUUAUGAGAAUAAGCUGCUUCUGUCCUGUCACCUCACAUGGAACGCUGCACGUGAGCUCGCCCUAGCUGCCUGCCACCAUUUAAAAAGGUGAGAGACCUCAGGAGUUUGAGAAAAUGGAGUUCAUUCAUACUUUUUAGGUGCCCCUUGCGUCAUCGUGGAACUGCUCUGAAUGAAACUCAGUUACUCAGUACAGACGUACUGUCUGGCCCAUGUAUGUGAAUAUUCAAAGCACAACUGAAUAAUGUACAAAUAUAUGUCAUUGGGGUGUGACAAACAGCAAUCUCACAAAACGAUAGAAAAUACUCACAAAAUGAAAAAUAACCAAACCAAGAUGGCAAAAUUGGCUAAAUGGGCAUCUAAUAUACAUCAAUUUGGGGUCCAUGUAAAAUCUAAGUCCAUGAAAGUGCAGUUGGUAUGACUAGCCAGCAGAGAGAAACAAAAUGAUACUGAAACAAUAAAAUGUAAUUUUGCCAACAUUAACUUUGAAGCACAGAACAAAUCAAAAUCGACACUAUGCAGUAAAAUAUCUCUAAACUGACUGAUAGUACCUUGAAAUUAUGGGUAUUUAUUUAUUUAUGUCUUGUGUGUGUUUCAUAGCUUAUGACUUCACUUUCAUUCAUGGAUGUCUUUGAUGUUUGUUGUGUAUCAUUAAUGUCUUUGGUAUGUGUCAGUGUCUUUGUUGUCAGUAGCUGCUGUGACACGUUGACUUUACCUACUGUGGACAUUAUAAUAAAGGCCAUCUAAAAUUGAAAAAGAUCUAUGAUAUACGAUGUCAGCUUUGGCAAUAUCAGUAGUGUCUAACAGCGUAAAUGUGUUCAUUUGCACUUUUAAACUUCUAAAUAUUUUACUACAUUAUUUGUGUAAAUAUUGUAAACCCAACAUCAACGCAGGAUUCUCAAACACCAGUAGUUAACCAUGGCUCUGAAUGUUCCCGGCCUGGUGGUGAUGGCAGUGUUCUACCUGCUGAUUCUGGGGACGGGCAUCUGGGCGUCCAUGCGCUCCAGGAAGGAGGAGAGGAAAUGGACUGGUGAUGGCAUUGAGAUAACACUCCUGGCAGGACGGAAAAUUACCCUGCUAGUGGGUAUCUUCACUCUCACAGCGACCUGGGUGGGCGGAGGCUUCAUCCUGGGAAUAGCUGAAGCCACAUACAACCCAACAUUAGGAGCUGUGUGGGCUCUCAUGCCGGUCCCAUAUGUGGUCACCUUCUUCUUAGGUGGCUUUUUCUUUGCGAAGCCCAUGAGAGAAAACAAGUAUGUGACAAUGAUGGACCCGUUCCAACAGAAGUAUGGGAACUUCCUAAGCAGCGCACUGAUCUUUCCUGCUCUGGUUGCCGAUGUGCUAUGGGUGGCACGCACGCUCGUCAGCCUGGGUGGAACCAUGCGUGUCAUCCUUGAUUUGUCGUACGUCUACUCCAUCAUCAUCUCCUCAGUGGUGGCUAUAAUCUAUACUCUGCUGGGGGGCCUUUACUCUGUGGCCUACACAGACGUCAUCCAGCUCAUCCUCAUCUUCAUCAGCCUGUGGGUGUGUGUUCCUUUCAUGAUGACCAACCCUUACUCCCUGGACAUCUCGCUGACCGCCUACAACCAGACCUUUCAGGCUCCCUGGGUGGGCACGGUGGAGCUCGACGAGGCUGGCAAGUGGUUUGACGACUUUAUGUUGUUGGCUCUUGGUGGUUUGGCCUACCAGGCUUUCUACCAAAGGAUCCUGUCUGCUUCAUCUUACAGCCAAGCUCAAGUGACAUGCUUUGCAUCUUCAGCCUUCUGCCUGGUCCUCGGCAUCCCCUCUGUGCUGAUUGGAGCUGUCGCUGCUUCCACAGACUGGAACGCUACAACCUACGGACUGCCGACACCUUAUGAGCGUGGAGAGGCCGGCUCCAUCCUACCCAUUGCCCUGCAGUUCUUGACUCCAAUGUAUGUUUCGGUCAUUGGAAUCGGAGCUGUGGCUGCUGCAGUCAUGUCCUCCAUGGACUCUGCUCUCCUGUCAUCCGCUUCCCUGUUCUCCUCCAACAUCUACAAGAACAUAAUCAGGAAGCAGGCUUCAGACCGUGAGAUGCAGUGGGUGAUUCGUAUCUCUGUGGUGGUUGUGGGCCUGGCUGGUACUGCCCUCACCUUCCUGGACAACAGCGUGCUGGUCUUCUGGAUCGUCGGUGUGGACAUGUCCUACACCAUCAUGUUCCCUCAGUUGGUGUGCAUCCUCUUCUUCAAGGUGUCCAACGGCUACGGUGCCACAGUGGGCUACAUCAUGGGAAUUGUCUUGAGAGUGCUGAGCGGCGAGCCCCUCAUCGGCCUGCCGCCCGCCAUACGCUUCCCUGGAUGUCGACUGGACAAGGAAGGGAAGCUCACCCAGUUCUUCCCCUUCCGCACUGCUAUCAUGGUCAUCUCUCUGCUGUCCAUCCUGCUUUUCUCGUGGUUGGCAUCCAUCAUUUUCAACAAGGGCCUGCUGUCUGAGAAAUGGGAUGUUUUCCAGGUCAAGCGCAAACAGAAACCCCCUAAUAUCGCCCCAGAGUCGAAGAAGACUAACGUUGAGCCUGAAGAUGGGUCCAAGCAGCUGCUGGACACUACCAGCUGCUGAGCUGCUUCAUUUGGAGGUGGGAAUAGAGGCUGAGGCUGGAGGUGGGGUGCGUUCAUGUCAAAGCAGUCCAAUGGGUCGGGGGGUUAGUAAAGGCUGAACGUUUCAGUUCAGAAUCACCGUGAUUUUGUGGCCAUGACAUGUUGAUACCAACAGAACAGAAUCUGAGAUUGCUGUUGUUUGUUUUUUGUUUUGUUUUCACUUUCUGUUACAUUAAAAAGGCCACACCUACAAAUUAGCAAGUCUUUUUCCACACAUUCUGAGUUGAGCUAAGACGCACUGUGUACACACAGUGAGUCAAAUGAACGCAGACAGUAAGAAACACCAGCCAUUUGAUUAGCCCCAGCCAACAUUUUAUUUGGAUCACAUGGAUAUAAGUGUGUAUAUUUGUACAAAUUGGAUAAAAUAUCUAUUUUAUUAGGCUUUUGAACAAUUUUAAAAUAUUCUGACCAGAUCUGCACAACAAAGGUAGCAUGUCAAUUCUAGCAUGCAAAGGUUUACAGUUUUAAAUUGCAGCACAUGUCCAGUCUUUCCUUGGGUCUGGACAAAAGACCAUGUGACUUGUCACUCCUAAUGCCUGGCAGCCACGUCGCCAGCCACUCUAGUUUUGGUCCCGCUCUGCUUCUUCGAGUUAACAACCACAUAAUUCAUGCUGGUGCAGCUCGUCCUAGCCUCAACACUUGGUUCUUUUGACACUUCAGUAUAAUCAGCUGCCUCAGGUCUUUUUUUUUUUUGACUGUUCUACCCCAGAAUCAGCUUGCAAGCCAUGCAUGGUUUCAGUUAUGAGUGCAAUCUCAUCUUUUUUUUUCAGAUUCACAUCAUUUUGAAUAGCACAGUUGUUCUCUACCACUGACAAAAUUGUAAAAGGUACAAGUGAAAUGUCUCUCGUGACAGAUGGGAGAGGCUGCCGUGCAAUGUUGGUGACAAUGACAGGUGAAGGACCUUGACACUAUUUCUGGCCUUAUAAAAACACACUGACCUCCAGCAUGUGAAAUGCGUCUGUUCCACAAGCAGGGAGUCAUGAAGUCUAGGUAAUCUUCCAGCAUGUCUCACCAGAUCACAGCUCGUUCAUACCUCCCAUCCUCCCAAUUUGCUAUCCAGGAUUGAAGCUUCAGUGUUCUGGAUGUUUUGUAUUGUUUUGUUUUACUGUAUGCACAGCUGCGGUUUACAGCGGAGUGCAUUCCUCUUUGGUUUGCAGCUAAAAAGUAAGCAGUGAAAGCAUUACAAAGAGCAAUUUUUUUCCAAUUCUGCAGAGAAGAAUUAUACAGAACAAGGUUUGAUGACUUUUUGUUGAGUCAUUACAAUGAGCUAAAAAGCAGUUUGUAGUGCAGACAAAUUGAGCGACGUCCCGCACCCUUCUUCUGUCUUUCUGUCACUAUAUAGCUAUUUAUAUAUAUAUCACUGGAAACUAGUUUCACUCCUUGCUGGACCCAGUAUACUCAAGCCACUGUUGAAAUACCUCAUGGAGUGUUGACCCUGGCUCUGCGUAUGCUCUUGUCGUUUCCAUCCUAAACUAUUUUUGAUAUGAAUGUCAGAAUCUGUCGAUUCCCAAAGACUCAUCACAGAACAAAAACUGUCUCUAAACAAGAAGCUUUUUUUAUUACUGUAUGAUUGUGGUUGCAAGCCAAAAUAUACUCUUGUACUGUGCAGCUUAAUUAUGAUUUCUGACUACGUUUUUUCUAUGAUGAUUGCUAUACUCGUUGAAGAAUAGCAUUUACCAGUUAAAAAAAAAGGUUCAGAGCAAUGAAACUCCCUGAUGUUUUGAUUAAACUCACUCACCCUGACCAGAUGUGCAUCCCUCAUAUGUGACUGGAGCGACAUGACGAACACAAGCAAAGUGACACAGACUAAACUCUCUAACAUUGACAUCAAGUCAGUGGAAACAUCCAAAAACUUGUUCGUGGUUCUCAUCGAUGCCUUGACUCUGGAGUCUUUUGGGGUGUCCUCCAGCAGUUUCCUUCAAGAACGUUCAGCAGGGUUUCUAGUUUUAGAUUAUGAAUAGGUGGCGAGUUAUUUUAUUGUAUAUCAUCCGAAUAUUAUUUGGUUUUAUACUAUUAUGCAUGAUUGUCAUAAACUGUGUUGUUUGUAUACUGAACUUUCGUGAAGGCUGUUCUUUCUUGCUACUUGGCAAGGUUCUACUUUGUAAUCAAUUGAAAUGUAAAUCCCCAUGGGGUGAGUUUCUGUCAAAA